AAGGACAACGAGUCACCUUUUCAUACCACCACUCUCUCUCUCUCUCUCUCUCUCUCUCUCUCUCUCUCUCGGUUCUCACUUAGCAGCCGGAGUGAAAGUAGCUGCGGAACAAAGCUCUUAACACUGGCAUCUGUCUGCAACUCAUCCAUGGCUGCUUUGCUGCUUUCGGUUCUUGUCAUUGCCAUGGCCGGCCAGUCUAGUGCCACAUGGUGUGUGUGCAAGACAGGACUGAGUGAUGCAGUGUUGCAGAAGACACUUGACUAUGCCUGUGGUAAUGGAGCUGACUGUAACCCAACACACCCGAAAGCCCCAUGCUUCAACCCUGACAAUGUAAGGGCUCACUGUAACUAUGCUGUCAAUAGCUUCUUCCAAAGGAAGGGUCAAUCUCCUGGGACUUGUGAUUUCGGCGGCACUGCCACUCCCACAAACACUGAUCCUAGUUAUGCAGGAUGCCCUUUCCCUGCCAGUGCCAGCGCUGCUGCUGGUGGCACAACCAUGACUCCCGGCUCAACCAAUCCGAGGGGAAACACACCCGCCACGACCACCACCAUCCCCGGCGGCGGCAGCGGCCCUUACUCCGCCACUCCAUCCACCGGAAUCCUUGGAGGCAAUGGCACAGGAACCGGUAUAAAUCCGGAUUACUCAAAUGACACUGGUUUUGGAGUCCGGAACGCGAUUAACAACAUGUUGUUCUGCUUUCUCUUGAGCUUCAUCAGCGGCUUGUGUUCCGUCUUGAUGCUCUGAGAAUGUAGGGUAGGGAUGUCUCUGGGUUUCCAGUGUUGCAGUGGCUAUUGUCUGAAGGACAGUGUUCUGUCCUGCCCUACGUUGUGUUCCUCUAAUCGGUGUCCGAAAAAACAAAGUUUGGAUCUUUUGUGCCCCUCUUAGUGGUUCUGAUGGAUUUAAUUCUAAUAUCUUUAAAGAAAAGAUGUACCCUUUUAAGCAAAUUCUAAGACUCUCUGAAUCGUAAUCGAGUUUGCUUUGGUU